GGCAGAAGGAGGAGGGGUUGGAGUGGACCAGGGCCCUUCUUGGGCUCUCUUCCGACUCUCGGAUUCUGUGCUUCCUUUCCCGCUCUCCCUUCGGAGCAGCCUGGAGCCGGCCUUCCUGGGCAGGGGCCCCUCCGGAGAGGACCUUGGCCCUUGGUCCUUGGCCAGCCAGGCGGGUCCGGGGCGGGUCCGGGCUGCCAGGGGCAGAGGAGGCGCCCCGCUGGCUGGCCUCCCUCCUGCUUCUCUUUCUGCUGCUGGUGCCCAGCUGGUGCCAGGAUGGCCAGGGUCCCCGCCGGGCUCUGCCUGGGGGCUGCCCUCCUGCUCUGGCUGCCCUCCGUCUCCCCGCUGAGCCUCCUCCGCUGGUGCACUCUAUCUGAGCCAGAGCUGGCCAAGUGCAGCCACAUGAGCAAGGCCUUCUCCGCGGCCGGCCUCCGUCCAGCGCUGGCCUGUGUCCGGGGGGACUCUGCCUUCGGCUGCCUGGCCUCCAUCAAGGCCAGCCAGGCAGAUGUGGUGACGGUGGACGGGGGCCUCGUGUACCGGGCUGGCAAGGAGUUUGGACUACAGCCACUGGCCGGAGAGGACUAUGGCGGAGCGCUGGGAGGCUCAUACCUUGCGGUGGCAGUGGUCCGGUCAGGCUCAGACCUGACCCUCGAUGGCCUGAGGGGUGCCCGCAGCUGCCACACGGGCCUCAACCGCACCGCUGGCUGGAACGUCCCCAUUGGACUCCUCCUCGACUCCGGACGGAUGGCUGCCCUAGGAUGUGACCUCCCUGCAGCGGCAUCAGCCUUCUUCAGCGCCAGCUGCGUCCCAGGGGCUUUGGGGCCAGGCUUCCCGGAGUCCCUCUGCCGCCUCUGCAAAGGCGAUGCCGCCGGGGAGGGCCGCUGCCAGGCCACCCCUCGCGAGGACUACUUUGGGUACACCGGAGCCCUCAGGUGCCUGGCCGAGGGGGCGGGCGAGGUGGCCUUCAUCAAGCACAGCACUGUCCAGGAAACCCUGCAAGGUGGGUCCCCCCGUCCUUCUUGGGCUGGGGGUCUCCAGGUGUCGGACUUCCAGCUGCUCUGCCGGGACGGGGGACGGGCAGCGGCGGAGGCCUGGCAGGGCUGCCACUUGGCCCGUGUCCCUGGCCACGCCGUGGUCACUCGCCCUGGGACCGACCGGCGCCUCAUCCUGCAGCUGCUCCAAGAGGGACAGGAGAUGUUUGGCGCCCCUUCCUCCUCCUCUUCGGGGGUCUUCCAGAUGUUCAGCUCGGGGUCCUAUGGGGGCCAGGACCUGCUCUUCAAGGACUCCACGGUGAGGCUGGUCCCAGUUCCGGAGGGGCAGAGCUACCAGGACUGGCUUGGGGAGGAGUACCUCCACGCCAUGCGCGGCAUGGACUGCGACCCCACAAGGCUGCCAGAAUCCCUGCGGUGGUGCGUCUUCUCCCCGGCGGAGAUUCAGAAGUGCAGCGAGAUGGCUUUGGCUUUCCAGAAGCAACGCCUGAAGCCCAUGAUCCGCUGCGUCUCGGCCGAGUCCCGCCAUCUCUGCAUGGAGCAGAUCCAGAAAAGGGCCAUUGAUGCCGUGACUCUGGCCGGAGAGGAUAUUUACACAGCUGGGCGGGACUUCGGCUUGGUGCCGGCUGCAGGGGAAAGCUACGCAGAGGGGGACACCAACAGCACCUAUUACGCUGUGGCCGUGGUGAGGCGGGCGGCACAGGAUGGCGAUGGUGCCUUCACCAUCCAUGAGCUCCGCGGGAGGAGAUCCUGCCACACAGGCUUCGGCCGGAGGGCUGGCUGGACCCUGCCGGUGGGCCUCCUCCUCAGCAAGGGCCUGAUCCAGUCUCGGGGGUGCAGCGUCCUUGAGGCCGUGAGCACCUUUUUCUCCGCCAGCUGUGUCCCCACUGACCGGCCCAAGGGCUUCCCACCCAACCUAUGCAGACUCUGCGCCGGAGAUGAAGAUGGCAACCACAAGUGCGAGGCCAGUGACCGGGAGCGCUACUUUGGCUACACUGGAGCCUUCAGGUGUCUGGCAGAGGGUCAUGGAGAGGUGGCCUUUGUCAAGCACACCUCGGUCUUUGAGAACACGGAUGGCCGCAAUGCCGCACCCUGGGCCUCUGGGCUGCACUCAGCUGACUUCCAGCUCCUGUGUCCCAAUGGGGCCCGCGCUGAGGUGGACCAGUUUGCCAACUGCCACUGGGGGCGAGUGCCCCCACGGGCCAUCAUGGUCCACCCAGAGACCAACCCUUUGGCUGUCUACGGACUUCUGGACCGGGCUCAGGAUUUCUUUGGAGCUGAGAACAACAGCAAUGGAUUCAAGAUGUUCAAUUCCUCUGACUUCCAUGGGCAAGACUUGAUUUUCAGGGAUGCCACCACGGCCAUUGUGACUGCUGGGGAAAGGACCACCACUGACGCCUGGCUGGGGCAGAUGUUCCUGGAGGCGAUGGAGGGCUGGGAGUCCUUCUCCUCCUCCCAAUGCUCCAAAGCAGCUGCCAGGCCCGGGAACCUCUGCCUCCUGCUCCUGAUGCUAAUCCUUUUUGCGCGCUGCUUCUCUGCAUGAUCUGAGUGCCAACAGCCAAGCAAGCAAAAUGCAGUUGUGCUCUCAGACAUCGGCUCACUGGCUGAAGAAUGUGGCACUUCACCUCCUUCUUGACCCUCUGCCUUUGGCGGCCCUGUCCCUCCACUCUUCCCUUGGGGAGAUGGAGUGCCCCUAAAUUCUCUGAAGGCCUCAGGUGUGCCAUUCACCUCCGGUGCCCCAUGGGAAGGCCCAGGCCAUUUUGGAGGGGAGGUGAUCCAUAUCCCCUCUUCUUCUCUUUGCAGAUGUUUGCCCUGAAGUUCUCUGUACCAGUUCAUGUACUGGGUAACUCCCUUGAGAUUCCCACAAAUUGAAUGAAUGGGGCACAAGCAGUGGGGUGGAGGCAUAUAUUGAGGAAAGUCAUUCCCAUAGGAUGCCUGGGGCCAGGAAGGGGCACAGUCUGGCAGAAGGAAGGACUGUGGCACAUGCCAUUCGCCUGGAGCACAGAGGGGACCUCCUGCCACAUGGACUGUGGAGGGAAACAUUUGGCUGCAGUGGGAUCUUGGUCUGUAGCAUGCUCAGGAUGGAGGCCCUUCUCCUGAUGCUGGGGUCUCUGCCCUCUGCACCUGUUUCUGACCCUGCACUAUUUUAAUAAAGAUCCAGUUGGUCAUAA